UCCGUGCUCUUGCCGUGGUGGCCAAGAGGGAGGGGGCAAGCCAGGCUAGCCCCCGUGUACCUGUUGUGGGGGCAGCUGGGAACAUGGGUUUGACCUGUGCCCCCUGGUCUCAUCACAACCAGCUUCACUCUAACCAGACUCUGUUUUCUUUCUUUGCAGAUGUUGGAAAAGCCCAAGUGUUGGCAACGGGCGAGUCUGCUGUCACUGAAACCGAUGCCAAAUACGCCAUCAUCGGGACUGCUCUGGGAGUAGCCAUAUCUGCGGGCUUCCUGGCCCUGAAGAUCUGCAUGUACCGCAAGCACGUGUUUGACAAUGACUCCUCAGACGCCAUCGUGCUGAAGAAGAGCACCCUGAGACGAAACUGCCGUUCGUCAGAAAGCUCUCUUCUUUUUCAGAGACGCCCGGGUAAUUGAGCUGUAACAGAGCAGCCUCCUCAGGAGCGGUUCAGCAAUCUGGACAACUGCCCAGGAUUUCCAUCUUUGGGGAUUUCUUGAAUUUGAAUGCCAAGGCUGGUGACAGAACUACAUGCAGAACUCAAUUCAGGAGACAAAUAGGAGAAGGGAUAGAAUCUACAGUGCAUCUGCCCUGAAGAAACAUAUCGCUCCUCUUCCACCAGAUGCUGACUGCAUACAUGGAGGCAUGACCACUUUAGCUAAAUGUAGGAAAGGGUUUAAGCUAAUAAAUCCACACCAUCUAUCCUGAGCUCCCAUCAAGGAGCAGUUCAUGCUUCUACAAUGAAAUUGUAUUCAUGGCAAUGGAACCUACCCACAUAAAAUGGCUCAUGGAAAUGGGAACCAAACCACAUGGUCUUAUGGAUAGCAAAGCAGCAUAUUCUAGAAUGGUUGACCUAAUUUUCUUAGCUUCCAGGAGAAUCCUACAUCAAAUGCAGGCCUAAGAACAUUCAGGGACACUGAAACAUGGAGGCUGUGAGGCAGUCUCCAGUCCUAUAAAUAGAGGACUGAUCUCCCAGAAAGGAGAAAUGGUGGGCUGUACUGGAGGUGAGAGGACAUGCAAAGAAAUGAAAGCGGGGCUUGACGACCAUGCCAUGGGCCCUCAGAUCUCCUGGGCUAGGUAAAUGAGGGAGCUAACAAAGGGUUAAAGGAGAAAGCAGCUUCAGUGUUUUGUAGAGAGUUAUACAAAUGUAAUGAUUAUUAUUAUCCUUAUAUAAUUAUUCUGUGAUUAUCACUAUAACGUACAUACCUUAUGCAUGGAGGAAUAACUUGCAGGGGCUUAGGAAACUCACAUCAAUUACUGCCAUCAACCUAAGAGUCUUGUGGCACAGGCCCCUGUCAACGCUCCUCCCCCUGUAAUAUUAACCCUGUGUUGCUGGAACUGCAUAGUGGAAAUCUCAAGGUGGAUGGGUGGGCUGGUUUUCCUUGGAUUGGGUCACCCUCCCUGUGUGAUGAACAAUGAGCUAUAUUUCACAGCGAAGUGCUGUGUUCUAACAAUUUGCCUGGAUUCCCAGUGUGUCUUUUAUCUGACUUGAUAACAAUGUUGUUCAUUAGCUGCGUUUGUUAACUGAUAACCUAAAGCAGUAACACGAUACUCAUAAGCAAUUUUCUGUGUGUGAAGUAGAAUAAACCAUCUUGUAAGGUAUCUGUUAAUUGAUUUGCUUCUUCUAGCAGCACUUUAAUUAAGACAUCUAGUCUGUAAACAGCAGCGACACUUAUGAAUGGAGGGUGAAUGUGUCUGGAUUCUCAGCUAUCAGUUCCUUCUCCAUAGA